AUGUCUGAUCAAAACUCGAAAAGGGAUAUAGGUGAAUCCUAUUCUCUUGACAAUAUGGCAUCGGAUGGAACUACUACCUUGAAAAUUGGUCAAUCGGAUGCAAGUGGUGCUUCUCCAUACACAAUCAACAAUACAACUUCUUCCAGAUGGAGAGAUUUCAAAGAUUCAUUUAAAAGAUGUGAAGGUGCAAUUUCUCUCAAUGAUGAAGAAGAAUUGAACGGUUUAACUGACAUAGAAAAAGCUAAUAUUAUCACCAGUAAAUCACCAUUGCAGAGAAAAUUGAAGGGUAGACACUUACAAAUGAUUGCAAUUGGAUCUUCUAUCGGAACCGGGUUAUUCGUUGGUUCUGGGGGUGCUUUAAAUACUUCAGGUCCCUUGGGUGUUAUAAUUGCUUGGCUGCUUACUGGAUUGUCCAUCUUCUGCACUAUCCAAGCAAUGGGGGAAUUGGCUGUAACUUUCCCGAUCUCUGGAUCUUUUAAUGUCUUUGCUAGUAGAUUCAUUGACCCUUCUGUUGGUUUUGCAGUAGCCUGGAAUUACUUCUUCCAGUUUUUGGUAUUAUUACCAUUGGAAUUGGUUGCAGGAUCAAUGACCAUGGAAUAUUGGCAUACCGGCGUCAACCUGGACGUCUGGGUACUUAUUUUCUAUAUUCUUGUUGCAACUAUAAAUUUCUUCGGAGUGAGAAUUUAUGGUGAAGCAGAAUUUGCAUUUUCAUUUGUUAAGGUGAUUGCUGUUGUAGGGUUCAUCUUAGUUUCAUUAGUCUUAGCUUGUGGAGGUGGCCCUACUCAUAGAUAUUUGGGUGCCACAUAUUGGCAUGAUCCUGGUCUUUUUGCAAAUGGGUUUAAAGGUGUUUGCUCCGUCUUUGUUACUAGUGCUUUCUCAUUCGGAGGAACCGAAUUAGUUGGAUUGACUGCUGCUGAGAGUGAAAAUCCUAGAAAGGAAAUUCCUCGUGCUACUAAGCAAGUGUUUUGGAGAAUUAUUAUGUUUUACAUGAUUUCUUUGACGUUGAUUUGCUUCUUGGUGGCAUCGAAUAACCCAAAACUUUUGGGCGCAUCAUCAGUGGAUGUUACUGCUUCACCUUUUGUCAUUGCAAUUCAAGAAGGAGGAAUUAGUGGUUUACCAUCAGUUAUGAAUGCCGUUAUCUUAAUAUCUGUCAUCUCUGUUGGUUCUUCCUCGGUGUAUGCUACUUCUCGUACUUUAACAGCAUUAGCAGAACAAGGACUUGCUCCAAGAAUUUGUGGCUACAUUGAUAGAGCAGGUAGACCUUUGGUCGCUAUCCUCAUAACUAAUGUAUUUGGUUUACUCUCGUUCAUUGCAGCUUCUGGUAAACAGGCGGUCGUUUUUGACUGGUUGUUAAGUAUUUCAGGAUUGUCUUCCAUUUUCACUUGGUUAUCUAUUUGUGUAGCUCACUUAAGAUUUAGAAGAGCUUUGGGCGUUCAAGGCAGAAGUACGGAUGAGUUGAGUUUCAAAUCUCAGACUGGUGUUGUAGGGUCCUGGUUUGGUGUCGUUUUGAACACGCUAGUGCUCAUUGCACAAUUUUGGAUUGCAUUGUUCCCAUUAGGUGAAGCACCAAAUGCUUCAGGGUUUUUCCAGAGUUAUCUUGGCUUUGUUGUUUUGAUUAUCUUUUACUUUGGCCACAAAGUGUGGAAAGGAAAUUGGAUCUUGUUCGUUCGUGCGGUGAACAUUGACGUUGAUGUGGGAAGAAGAGAGCUCGAUAUCGAAGCAUUAAAGGAAGAGCUUCUCGAGGAAAAGAGAGAAUUGGCCAUGAAGCCUUUCUGGUAUAGAUGGUACAGGUUUUGGUGUUAA